AUUUUGUCUCCAGGAAAAAAAAAGGAGAAAAAUUACAUCGGACACUUCGCUCCCCCACGCUUUGCAGCAUUUUAGUCAGAAUCCGUGACUCUAUCCCCGAGCCACGAACCAGAAAGCGCGCGAAAACUCCAACGACGACGCCGGCCACACCGAAGACGAAAUGCCGGAGUUACCGGAAGUAGAAGCUGCUCGAAGAGCCAUCGAAGAGAACUGUAUCGGCAGGAAGAUCAAGCGGUCGCUGAUCGCCGACGAUCCCAAGGUCAUCGACGGCGUCUCUCGCUCCGACUUCGAGUCCUCUCUCCUCGGAAAGACCAUCGUCGCCGCUCACCGUAAGGGAAAGAACAUGUGGCUCCAGCUCGAUUCCCCUCCGUUUCCUUCUUUCCAGUUCGGAAUGGCAGGGGCUAUAUAUAUCAAAGGAGUCGCAGUUACAAAAUAUAAGAGGUCUGCCGUAAGUGACACUGAUGAAUGGCCGUCCAAGUAUUCCAAGUUAUUUAUUGAACUAGAUGACGGGAUGGAGCUAUCAUUCACGGAUAAGAGGCGUUUUGCGAAAGUUCGCUUGCUCAAAAAUCCGGCUUCUAUGCCCCCAAUAUCCGAGCUUGGUCCAGAUUCAUUAUUCGAGCCUAUGACCAUUGACGAGUUCAUCGACUCCUUGCGCAAGAAGAAGAUUGGAAUUAAGGCUCUCUUACUUGAUCAGAGUUUUAUGUCAGGUAUUGGCAAUUGGAUUGCAGAUGAAGUGCUAUACCAAGCAAGAAUCCAUCCAAUGCAAAUUGUUUCCAGCCUUCCCAAAGAAAGCUGUACGGCAUUGCACAAGUGCAUUAAAGAGGUUAUUCAUUACGCGGUUGAAGUUGAUGCGGACUGCGGCCGCUUCCCAUUGGAUUGGUUGUUUCAUUAUCGGUGGGGCAAAAAGCCCGGAAAAGUUAAUGCCGUUGAAGUUGGGGCGGAUAGCAGCCAAUUUCCUAGUAGUUGGAUUUUCCAUUCCCGCGAAAAGAAGCCCGGAAAGGCUUUUGUUGAUGGGAAGAAAAUUGAGUUUAUUACAGCUGGCGGCAGGACAUCAGCAUAUGUGCCGGAGUUACAAAAGCUGAGUGGGGAUCAAGCUGCAAAAGCACCGAGUAAACCGAGAAAGCAAACGGUGAAGGGAAGCAAGAAUGAGGACAGUGAUGACAAUGAUCAAGGAAGUGAGGAAGAGGAAAAUGCUGCUAAAAGCGUACAACCAAAGGGACGGAGGAGCACAACUGGGAAUGGACCUAAGAUGCCACCUGCAAAAAGAAAGUCCAGUCGAAGCAACAAGGACGAUGAGGAUGAGGAUGAUGAUGACGAUAGCAGUGAUAAUGAUGAUGAUGACGAUUAUGGCAGUGAUCAUAAGAAAAUUAGAACAGCUAAGAAUCCUCCUGCGAAAAGAAAGUCGAAGAAAGCUAGUAGUAAGAAAAAAUGAGGUGAAGAAGCUUCCUGUGAGAGAAUAUUAUGCAGAGGCAAAGGUGGAGAACAGAGGGAGUUAAUAGUUAAGGUAAAUGAAGGGAGCACAAACUAAGCUAUGAGAGUAUCACAAGCAGUUGUGCUUAGUCCGAUGAGUAUUUUCAAAGGAUGGAAGGGAGAGCUUUUGCUGCUAAUGUCUUUCGUAGUUUAAGCGUUUGUUUUCUGGGUACAAGUAGCUUAAGAGUUUUUGUCACCCUAGCCAAGGCCCUUCUUUCAGAAAUACCUGCCUUCUGAACCUCUCUCUCUCUCUCUCUCUCUCAUGUAAUCUCAACCUCUAUUUUGCGAGGUUCGAAUCAUGCAAAUGUGAAAUGGUGCAGAUCUUGGAUGUUGCAUAGGGCCAAAUGAACAAAUAUUUAAGUUCGAGAAUCCCAUACCAAUCUGAGUAUAUUUGGUGUGGGUUUGCCUAAGAGCUGAUUGCAUUCUACAAAAACUUGGCAUAUUCCUUGAAAUGAAGCUUGCAAUAUUGGAUCGAA